UUUAAUACUUAAACAUGUCUACAAAAUGUGUAAUUUAAAUAAAAUGAUAACUUAUAUUAUUGUGUAUUUAUUUAUUCAAGCAAUUCAAUCGCAAAUAAUUACUGAUAGUUAUUUGACAGAUACUGUCAACACUACACCCAUACCAAAGUACCCGGAGUUUAAUAAUGACGACGACAAAGAUAUAUCAAUACCUUUACAACCACUUUAUACUAAUAAACAAAAUACCGCUAAUUUUAAUGAUCAUCAAUUUGGAAAUUUGGAUUCAUUAGAUAAAAUGCCAAAUUUUGUUAUAAAAAACAAUGAUAACAAAGAAAUGUCAAGUUUUGAGCCACAGACAGAAAAUUAUGAAAUCUCUACAAAUAUUGAUUCAAAUAAAACUAAAAUCAAUUCAAUCAAUCAAUUUAAUGAUAAGGAUUUUUUGUUGCAAAUACCUAAUAAUACCGGUGCUGACGAACAUAUAGCUAAAAUAAGUCUCGAAUUGAGUGACACGACAAACACGAAACCAUACAAUUUUGUCAAAGAUAGUUAUCAAUUGUAUAAUACCAUUUCCAAUACAAUACCAACUACUCCGAUAACAACUACUACUACUACUAUAACUCCAACUACUAAUACUACAACUACUACCGCAACUACUGGUACCCUAUCUACUACUAGUAAAUCUACUUCUACUCCAUUUACUACUAUCCCAUCAACUACUAGUCAAUCAACUACUCUAUCUUCUACUACUAUCCCAUCAACUACUAGUCAAUCAACUACUCUAUCUUCUACUACUAUCCCAUCAACUACUAGUCAAUCAACUACUCUAUCUUCUACUACUAUCCCAUCUACUACUAGUCGAUCAACUACUAUCCCUACUACAACUACCCCAUUUACUACUAGUCAAUCUACUACUAUGACUACUACCCUAUUCACUACUAUCCCAUCGACAACAACGCCAUAUAUUACUACUCUAUCUGAUAAUAUGGAGAUUACUACUACUCCAUAUACUACUAUAACAACAACAACAACAACUACUACUACUACUACUACUACUACUACUACUACUACUACUACUACUACUACUACUAUACCAAUUGAAUUAGUUUUAACGACGCCUUUUAAUAGUUAUGAUGAGAGUGAACUAAAUGAUGCAGAAGUGGAUCACUUGAACCAUUCAGAAUCUCUGUCCCAAAAACAUAAUGAUAGUAAUGACGACCUCUGCAGUCAUGUAAAUAUCCAUCAAAUAUUAAGAAGAUUAGUAAAACUAUCUAACGAUAAAAACUAUUUGAAUGCUGUCAAACAAUUUGCAAAUAAUAUACAACACAUGAAUUUAUUUGAUAAUAAUUUAAUUAAUACUAUUAAUGAAAACAUACCGUCAAUAAUAGUAAUGAAUUCUACAAAACCGUCUUCAAAACAAAUCAUUCAAUUGCCGAUAAAUAAUAUAUUAAAACCAAUCAAUUCAGUCAAAUAUACUGAUAAUACUAUUUUGAGUCAAACAAAUAGUAUCCAACAAUUACCAACUAUACCACAACCUCUUACCAAUCAAUUAUUAUUUAAAAAUAAUAUUUUAAAGACUACUAAUAGACCUAAUUUACAAGUAUUUUAUAAAAAUCCUGGUAAUAGUCCUUUCAAUAGUUUUGUUCUAAACAAUCAAUUAAAUAACGAAAUUAAAAGAAAUGAAUUACAUUACCAAACUGAUGAGUCUAUCUAUAAUCAGGGUAUUAAUGAAUUACAUUAUCAAAAUGAUGAGUCUAACUAUAAUCAGGGUAUUAAUGAAUUACAUUAUCAAAAUGAUGAGUCUAACUAUAAUCAGGGUAUUAGUGAAUUACAUUAUGAAACCGAUGAGUCUAACUAUAAUCAGGGUAUUCCUAAAUUUAAUUUUAUACAACCAAACAAUCUCUGGCUAUAUAAGCAAAGAAAUUCAGUGCUGAUGUCACCAAAUUCUGCCGAAACAUUAAAUUAUUUGCCACAAAUGGGUCCUAAUAUGAGACAAAUUAAUUCAAACGUUCAGCAAUUUGUACCAAAUUAUGUCAAUUUUUGGCAAAAUAGUGAUCAAAUAAUGCCAAUUAACAAAAAUUAUAAACUAAAUCAAGUUUUAGGUAAUAGUAGACAAUAUCCAAUGCCUCGGACUUAUAAUGAAAUACAAACAUUGUCUCAAUUACCAAAUAAUAGAAAUCCUAACUUAAAAACAUUUAUAUUAAACGAUAGACAAUUGGGUCUUACGAAGAGAUUUAAUAGUUUGCCAACAAAUGGUGUUAUUGAUAUAAAUUCACGAAUUCGUACCACAAUUAGACCAAAUCUGAUUAGAUCACCGCAACUGUCGUACCAACAAGUCAUUGGCUAUAAUAAUCCAUUGCUGAAAAAUGAUCAAAUUCAACAACAAUUGCAAUAUCUGAAACACAUACAGAUACAGGAGCAGAGACAAAGACAGAUACAGAUGCAGAGACAAAGACAGAUACAGAUGCAGAUACAGGAGCAGAGGCAAAGACAAAGACAAAGACAGAUGCAGAUACAGGAGCAGAGGCAAAGACAAAGACAGAUGCAGAUACAGGAGCAGAGGCAAAGACAGAGACAGAUGCAGAUGCAGAUACAGGAGCAAAGGCAAAGACAGAGGCAGAUACAGGAGCAGAUUCAGAUGCAGGCGCAGAGACAAAUACAGGAACAGAGACAAAGACAAUUGCAGAUUCAGAUGCAGGCGAAGAGACAGAUGCAGAUACAAGAGCAGAAACAGAGACAGAUGCAGAUACAGGAGCAGAAACAAACCAAUUGGAUUACACCACGACUUCAACAAAAUAAACCAAUUUUGCCAAAUAUACAACAAUCCAAUCAAAUUCAACAAUUUGAUAGAUUUAGAGGACAAAUGAUAGGAAAGUCAAUGCCUCAACAAUUUGCAUACAAUUUAAAUCCAAAUAAUAACACAAACUUUGAUUUUAAACCAAACCGACAAAUUUUUUCGGUAGAAAAAGAGUAG